CAUUCAACACUGCGCUGAUGUCUGCUGCGGUCAUUCUAGCCGCUGUGCUCGGCGGCGGGGUUUUCUUCAUUGCCCGGAGAUUAUUCUUCCGGAGGAAAGCGCUGAAAUUGCUGAGUUACCCAGCGGGUCUGAUGCGCGGAAAGACUGUGAUAGUGACCGGGGCGAACAGCGGCAUCGGGAAGGCGACGGCGGCGGAGCUGCUGAAGCUGCAGGCCCGUGUGGUCAUGGCCUGUCGGGACAGGCAGAGCGCGGAGGAGGCGGCCCAGGACAUCAAGAAGCAAGCCGGUCCGAAUCAGGGAGAGGUCGUGAUCAAACACCUGGACCUCGCGUCGCUCCAGUCUGUGCGCAGCUUCUGCGAGGAAGUUAUCAGGGAGGAGCCAAGGAUUGAUGUUCUUAUCAACAACGCUGGUCUCUACCAGUGUCCCUACAGUAGGACAGAAGAGGGCAAUGAAAUGCAGUUGGGAGUGAACCACCUGGGUCACUUCCUUCUGACAAAUCUUCUGUUGGACCUCCUGAAGCAGUCGGCUCCCAGCCGUAUCGUCAUGGUCUCCUCCAAACUCUACAAGUAUGGCAGCAUCAACUUCGAGGACUUGAACAGCGAACAGAAUUACGACAAAGCUUUUUGCUACAGCCAGAGCAAGCUUGCCAACCUACUGUUUACUCGCGAGCUGGCCCGCAGGCUGGAUGGUACUGGGGUAUCUGUAAAUGCCCUCACUCCUGGUAUCGUAAGGACCAGAUUGGGCCGGCACGUCAACAUCCCCCUGCUGAUUAAGCCUCUUUUCUUGCUGGUCUCUUGGUUGUUCUUCAAAAGCCCACUGGAGGGUGCUCAGACCCCACUGUACCUGGCAUGCUCGCCUGAAGUUGAGGGUGUGUCUGGAAAAUGCUUUGCUAAUUGCGAAGAAGAACAAUUGAUGUCUAAAGCCACGGAAGACUAUACUGCUAAACGGCUCUGGGACCUGAGUGAGAGCAUGGUGGGGCUUAGGAGGUGAGGGGAAGAAGCAGAACCAUUCUUCACAAAUGUGGCAAUUGCAAACCUCGAACAUCAGUGCAUUGGAUUUUUGGGGAGUGUUUUUGGCCAAGUACCCAAGGGACUUACUGGAUAAGGGACAGAUAAUUAAAAUGUCCAUCUGUUCCCUGUAUCUUUGCUGCAGUGUUUUCAGAGAUGGCCUCAGGCUUGUGACUCACUCUUCUCUGUGAAUGAGAGCCUGAAAGUGUUGAGUUCGACAUAUCCCUUGAAUACAAAUGACAGGAGCAACGUGCCCAAGAAACAUAUGGCUUAGAGCUAACAUGAAUACAGAAUAGCAUGUACACCACUGCAUAUCUCUCGAUGUAGAUUAACUGGUGAUUUGUGACCAAGUUAUUACAAUACAUCAAGAUAGUUUAAUGUUGUUCAACAAUUAAUUUGACAGACCUAUUCUUCUAUGAAGUGAACUAGUCACAAUUUAGCCUCCCAGAAUAUCAUCUUCUCAUAAGGCUGUGGAAUAAACCUGGCAACUCCCACCCUGUGACUAAUUUCAAGAUGGAUUUGAAAAUGUUUGUGACAUUCCAGUGUCCAAACAAAAUCAAAAAGGAAACACAUAGGUUGUGGCUCUUCAUAUAGUGUGGUGUCACUACUCAAACAAAAAAGUGAAUCAGCGUAAUGGCUGCAUAAAUUUCAUUACCUCCAAUAUAUACCUCUGUGCAUUAGCUAUUAUUAGAUAAAUUUCAUGCGCAGUGGAGCUGUAGGGAUUUUACUGGCUACUGUCCUUAAUCACACGCACUAACAUGAAAUGUUUUGAGUGUAAAUGCUGCGCUUCUGUUAUUCUGUGAAGACUGAAUAAAUUGAAUGCUGGAAAGAAACUCUGUCAUUUG